UCUCCCGGACGGUUAUUGGGUUAAUGUCGCCCUACACUCAGUCCCAUAAAUGUAAUGCUAUCUUUUCUUUCUCCUCUGUAGUGCCUGAAUACACCAUCGUUUAUUUUGAUGUCAGAGGUCGCUGUGAACCUAUGCGGAUGCUCAUCGCUGACCAGGGAUUAGAAUGGACGGAGGAGGUUGUGACAGAUGAAACAUGGGACAAGGGAGAUCUGAAACGAGCUGCGGUGUUUGGCCAACUCCCAGCACUCAAAGAUGGAGAUUUCACCCUGUAUCAGUCCAACGCCAUUAUGCGCUAUCUUGGGAGGAAUCACGGUAUCUAUGGUAAGAAUCCUUGCGAGGCGGCGCUCAUAGACAUGCUCAGCGAUGGCGUGGAGGAUCUUCGGCGCAAAUACAUCGAUCUCAUCUAUGAUAACUAUGACAAUGGAAAAGCGGAUUACAUUAAGGCUCUGCCCACCGAGCUGGCGCACUUCGAGCGUUUCCUGGCAUCCAACAAUGGGGGGAAAGGUUUUAUGGUCGGAGAUCAGAUUUCCUUUGCUGAAUAUAACUUGGUGGAUCUUCUGCGCAACCAUCUUGUCCUGGCCCCCGACUGCCUUUCGUGCUUCCCGCUCCUUGAUGCCUACGUGAAACGCAUUAGCAGCCGCCCCAAAAUCCAAGUGUAUAUGUCUAGUGACGCCCACAAGAACAGACCGAUCAAUGGAAACGGUAAACAGUGAGCGCCAAAAAGAGUCCACGCGACCAAGAUCCGGAAGCCUCCGAACCUAGAAGAUGGAAGCGCCUCUCGCGUUCUCCCCCCGUAACCUCCGCCUACUUGUUACUGUCAUUCGUUGUCACUGGAUUUGGACUCUC